CCCAUAUAAAAGGUGAACACAACCACUUGUGUCAGUAAAAUGAAAGCUAUCAAAGAUAACGAAGACAAAGACACAUCACUUCGUUAUAAUAAUGAAACAAGGAGGUCUGUUCAAGAAAGUGAAGGAUCCUCACUUCAACCAGUUGGAGAACUUCACCCUAACCCUUCCAUUGAUUUUGGUCGUUCUGUUCGUCAGGACACAGGAGUGCCAUAUAAAUUGUUUGAACAACACUAUGGACCAACAUGGAAGGAUCUGGUCAAAGACCUGGAGGACACAUGCAGAAAUCCCGUUACAGCAAACGUGGAGCAACCGGAUGGAAAAGCAGUCAUAUGUAUUCUAUACCUCAAAAACGAUGAAGAAUCAGUCUUCACUUUUUUGGAAAAGUUUGAGGUAAUACAUGUCUAUACAGAUGCUUGUCUGAAAAGCAUUGGAGCUUACUGGAAGAAUAAAUCAGUACUUUACGUCUUUCAUGGGAAAUUGGAUCUUCCUAAAAGAGAUGUUGUUAUACAUGAUGUAGAGAUGUUGGCUGUGUUUGUUGCCAUACGUGUGUGGAGAAGAAAAUGGAGAAGUAAAAUUGUCUGUGUUCACACGGACAAUGAUGCUGUUGUUUUCGCUUUCAACCAUAUACAAAAUUGUGAAAAGGUUAGAGCAGAAAGGCUGAGACAAAUGCUUGAGAUGAUUAAAGAGGAAAUAGAUUCCAACGAGAUAUCCCUGAGAUGUGAAUUCAUUAAGGGGAAAUGAAAAUAAGAAAGCAGACCAUCAAUCAAGACAUGAUGUAAAUUCUUUCAAGAAGCGUUUCGGUUAUACGUCAUGUGAGGAAAGUGAAGUAAAAGAUAUUGUAAAGAGUCUGCUGUCUAAGUUUUUUAAACAAAUUUAAAAAAGUUACUCAAUCAUCUCAAUCUUUUGUUUCCUCUGAAAGUUCAAAAGGUCUCUUUAAGACCACCAAUUUUGUUCUCGCCCAGCCCACCUGAUUUGUCAGUUAGAAUAAAAAAAGCUUUGAUGGUAUCUGCAUCUACUACUUCCAAUUAGAAAUUGUUAAAAAGGUUAUUCAAUAUAACAUGUCUGUUACACUUCUCAGAUAGGUACAACCUAAGACAGAUCCUAUCUGAGACAUUCACCUGUACUUGAAUUUUGUGUUUUCUGGUCCUCAGAUACCUAGUAACUCAAUUAUCUCUUUGAUAUUGUAUUUCUGUAUGAUCUGAGGACCUUUGUGAAAGAAUUAAUUCCAAAAUAAAUGGGCUUGAACAACA